GGCAUGGGAAAGCUUGUUCUUCCUUGUGCUCUCUCUCACUCUCUUCCCUGCCCCCCCCCCCUUCCAUUUCGUCAGGCUUUGGACUAUUCACUAUUUGGUUAUUCGAGCUUUGAUCAUUUGUAAUCCUGAACACAAAUCAGGUCUGACUUGUAUAAGGACAUGUAAGUGCUGUGCUUGGCAAUAAGGCGGGCCAUCUGUAGAGCUUGACAUUUACACAUUUGGCAGGAUGUCAAUAUCCCUUGGAGCACUUUAAACCAUUCCACUUCGGAGAGGGUGUAGCACUUCUCGGCAGUCCCUCCAAGAGCACUAGGCAGCAAAGCGCUGCAUUUCUUCUUCCCUACCUUCAAAUCCACACAACUGCUAAUAAUACGGUCAUGACUUUGUGCCACAGGAGAGACAGCCUGAAUCGGGUGCUUAAAGAAGGCUAUUGACCACUUCAAGAUGGAAAGGAUUCAUAAGGCUGAGGUAUUCUAAUGAAGGCCAUCUCACUCCAGCCAAGGUUGAAGAAAAGCUUUUCCACUAGAGCACGGAGUCUGCAAGAUUCUACCAAGGUGGACAAGCCUUUUGAUGGAAAGCACCCCUGGAUCCAUCCAGAGUAGGUAACCUAACUUCAAAGAUCCUUGAGGUUUGUUCUAACUACUUUCACUGAAUUUCUUUUCUAUUAAUGCAAUUACAUGCCAUUAAGCUUAAUUGAGUCUUCUCUGCUUUUAGGACUUCAAUAACAACAACAACAAAAAUGAUGAACAACCUAACUGUUGGUAACAAUACCGAAUGUUAUGUGAAUUCCAUAGUCACACAGUACAUCAUUCCCCUACUCUACUGUGUUGUCUUCGUGGGUGGGAUUCUGCUCAAUGGAAUAUCCGCGUGGACCUUUUUUUACGUUUCCAACGAGAAGAGUUUCAUCAUCUAUCUCAAGAACAUCGUAGUGGCUGACCUUCUCAUGAGUCUGACUUUCCCAUUCAAAAUUCUAAGCGAUUCCAAAUUAGGACCCUGGCAGCUGAGCAUCUUUGUAUGCAAGGGGUCCGCGGUGAUCUUCUAUAUCAACAUGUACGUGGGAAUCACGUUCUUUGGACUGAUCGGAUUUGACAGGUAUUAUAAGAUCGUGAAGCCCCUUUAUGCAUCUUUUGUUCACACGGUCGGCUACAGCAAGAUCAUUUCUGUCCUCAUCUGGACUCUGAUGUUAUUUCUGGCCGUCCCCAACAUCAUUCUGACCGACAAAGAUGCUAAGGAGAAAGACAAGUGCAUCGACCUCAAAAACGAAAUGGGGCUCAAGUGGCACACAGCCUCCAACUACAUCUGCGUGGGCAUCUUCUGGGUUGUGUUCUUUCUCCUGAUCAUCUGCUACACGGCCAUCACGAGGAAGAUCUACAGCUCUUACCUGAAGUCCAGAAGGAAUUCCAUCUCUGUCAAGAAAAAGUCCAGCCGCAACAUAUUCAGCGUCAUGUUUGUGUUCUGCGUGUGUUUCGUCCCCUACCACAUCGCCCGGAUCCCCUACACCAAAAGCCAGCUCGAAGACUACAACUGCCAAUCCAAAGAAAUCUUGCUCUACGCCAAAGAAUUCUCUCUGUUCCUCUCGGCGGCCAACGUGUGCCUGGACCCUAUUAUUUAUUUCUUCCUCUGCCAGCCGUUUAGAGAAACGCUGUGGAGUAAGUUCCAGUUUGGGGCAAAAGGUCCAAAUAGCCCAGAAUCUUCCAAAACCAAGAGGAGCAACGAAAUGAUGGACAAUGCCAUUCUGGACAGCACAGACACGCUCUGAUGCCCCAGCUGGGGCUUUUCAGGUCGCCCACCUAGCCAACGACGCUGCGGAGAUGAGUCAAGGAGAGCUGAGCUAUGCCACAAAACGGUCUCUAAUCAUAUUCCUAAUAAUCAGGGGAAUUCCAUAUAGCGAAUUUUCUGCAUUACAGUAGCCUCAAAGAAAAAGCUUGGUCAAGAGUCCACUCGCAGUCCUGAGAUGCAUGUCAGAGACUUAAGAGUAUUUCAGCAACCUCGAGGGAUUAGUCAGCCAGCCAGCAAAUGUUUAUUGAAUGCCAACAACUGGGCGAAGCUUGCCUUCAAAGAGAUUGUAUUCAACUCACAGGAAAGGAGCACGCAGAUGAGGAAUUAUAAAAGACACACAUUUGUUAUGGUCAGUUAAUGUAUUUUAAAAAAAACGUGGGUCUGAGCACACAGUGUCUGUCUUCACAUCUAGAUGGAGUAACCUCGGACCCUCAGAGACCGCUGGACGGAUCUCAGGCAUGGAGGGGGAAGGCUGAAGGCUUGUAAUGGCUUUUAUUCAAGAAUCUACUCAAAUCGAGAGAUCCUGGAGAACAGAGCCAUUCAAAAGCAACUUAAGGAAUAUUUGGAAAAAAAAAGCAUCCAAGUCCAAAUGUCAGUGAAAAGAGAAUGAAGGCAGGAGAAAGAGUGACUCUGGGGUACUCUGGGAACUUUACGUGGAGGACUUGAAGAGGGAGAGGAAGCUAGCUGACCCAAAUUCAUGAGGAAUUCCUUGUCGGAUAUGCCAAGAUUGGUCUCCAUUUGGGGGCAGAGCCAGACUCUCUUUCACAACAAGAGGCUCCUAGCAGCAAGUGGAGAGGUUUCACAGGUGAGGGCUUUAUUUCCCUGGCUUCUCUUGGAGUAAUAAUCUAACAAGCACAUUUAGACCCAUAACUGCCUGAAUUUGGCUCGUAAUAGCAGACCUAUAAGGCAGAGUUGAGCUAGACUGAAGCUAUGCCAUGUAUUAUAAAAGAAUGUAAGCUCUUUGAGGUUAGAUUGGGUUCAAUUACCUAGCACAAUGCCACGUCCACAGGAGAUGUUUAAUAGAUACUUGCUGUUUGCUUACUUAAUUGUAAACGUUUGCUAAGUACCAUGCCUAGGAGCAGUUAGGUGGUACAGUGGUAGAUGGAAGCACUAGGUCAGGGUUCAGGAAGACUCAUCUUUAUGAGUUCAAAUCCAGCCACAAACAGUUACUAGAUGCAUGAGCCCUAGGCAAGUCAUUUAACCUUGCCUGCCUCAUCUUCCUCAUCUGUAAAAUAAACUGGACAAGGAAAUAGCAAACCAUUCUGGUAUCACUGCCCAAAAAUUCCCAAAUUGGAUCAUGAAGAGUUAGACACAACUGAAUGAAACCUGGUAGGUAAAUACUAUUAAAUUAAAAAAAAAAACUCUUAACUUCUAUCAGGAUCAAUAUUAAGUAUCAGUUCCAAAGCAGAAGAGCAAUAAGGUCCUUGGCAAUUGGGGUUAAUUGACUUGCCCAGGGUCACAUAACUAGGAAGUAUUCUGAGGCCACCUUUGAACCCAGGAACUUACCAUCUCCAUCCACUGAGCCACCCAACUGCGCUAAUGUUGAUCACUGAAUAACAAAUAUUUACUCAAUGUCUACCUAGUACAAGGCACUUGUCUACUUAAAAAAAAAAAAAUUCUCUAACCAUUGAAGGCAGGCUCCAUAUUCUUGUCACUCUUAGAUGUGUCAACUGUGGAAUAAGAGAUCAAGGCAGCAGCAUUUGGAAGGCUGGGAAACAUCUUCCAAUUGUGGGAUGACCCAGAUCUUCUGAUUUCUAUUCAGAGGCAGAAACAGCUCAAAGUAUCGGUAUGGAGGAGCCUAAGACUGGAUAAGAUUCAGUAGAAUAGCUUCGCAAGAGUCCAACUUUUCAGGUCCUAAUUUACUACUCCCUGGACAUACAAGAAGGCACUUGAAUGAGAGGAGAGAGGCCAAACUUAGUAGUAGCAGUCUAAAAAAACCCAAAUAAAAUAAUGAUUGAAGUGCAUUUUGAAUACCUCAAAAGUGUGGAGAAGGGCCAGUUAGGGUGACCAUGAGCAGUUGUAUGGUCAGAGCCCACAGAGAAGGAAGCCUCCAUAUUCUCUACUAAUCCUGAAAGGCUCAAGCCCUCUUAGUGGGGAAAGAGCAGGAAAAGCUUCACAUGAGCUCAGCUUUGAAGGAAGCUGGAGAUUCUAAGAGGUGUGAAGGUACACAGACAUGGUGAAAAACUUGUGGGAAGGAAGGAAGGAAGGAAGGAAGGAAGGAAGGAAGGAAGGAAGGAAGGAAGGAAGGAAGGAAGGAAGGAAGGAAGGAAGGAAGGAAGGAAGGAGGGAGGGAGGGAGGGAGGGAGGGAGGGAUGGAGGGAGGAAGG